CGCUGCAGCCACUGCCGUCGGGGAAGGUCCUGGCGCUGACAUGACAUCGCGUGGCUCUCGCCCGGGCCCAAACUCCCGGCGCCCCGCGCAGUAGCCCCGCGAAGAGGCGGACUCGACCGUGCCGACCGCGAAGAAAAUCAGGCGGGCGGCAUGGAGGCGGCGCACCUGCUCCCGGCCGCCGACGUGCUGAGGCACUUCUCGGUGACGGUCGAGAGCGGCCUGAGGCCGGAGCAGGUGUCUGACGCGCGGGAGCGCUACGGCCCCAACGAGCUCCCAACUGAGGAAGGGAAGUCGCUGUGGGAGCUGGUGCUGGAACAGUUUGAGGACCUCCUGGUGCGCAUCCUGCUGUUGGCUGCCCUGGUCUCCUUCGUCCUGGCCUGCUUCGAAGAGGGCGAAGAAACCACAACAGCCUUCGUGGAGCCCCUGGUCAUCAUGCUGAUCCUUGUGGCCAAUGCUAUCGUGGGCGUAUGGCAGGAACGCAAUGCUGAGAGUGCCAUUGAGGCCUUGAAGGAGUAUGAACCUGAGAUGGGCAAGGUGAUCCGCUCAGACCGCAAAGGUGUGCAGAGGGUCCGAGCCCGGGACAUCGUCCCUGGAGACAUCGUAGAGGUGGCAGUGGGAGAUAAAGUACCCGCUGACCUCCGCCUCAUCGAGAUCAAGUCCACCACCCUGAGAGUGGACCAGUCCAUCCUGACAGGUGAAUCUGUAUCUGUCACCAAGCACACAGAUGCCAUCCAAGAUCCCAGAGCUGUGAACCAGGACAAGAAGAACAUGCUAUUCUCUGGCACCAACAUUGCAUCGGGGAAGGCCCUGGGCGUGGCAGUGGCCACAGGCCUGCACACAGAGCUGGGGAAGAUCAGGAGCCAGAUGGUGGCAGUGGAGCCAGAGCGGACGCCACUGCAGCGCAAGCUGGAUGAGUUUGGGCGGCAGCUGUCCCAUGCCAUCUCUGUGAUCUGUGUGGCUGUGUGGGUCAUCAACAUUGGCCACUUUGCCGACCCGGCCCAUGGUGGCUCCUGGCUCCGUGGCGCCGUCUACUACUUCAAGAUUGCCGUGGCCCUGGCGGUGGCCGCCAUCCCUGAGGGCCUCCCGGCUGUUAUCACUACAUGCCUGGCUCUGGGCACACGGCGUAUGGCACGCAAGAAUGCCAUUGUGCGGAGCCUGCCGUCUGUGGAGACCCUGGGCUGCACCUCCGUCAUCUGCUCUGACAAGACGGGCACCCUCACCACCAACCAGAUGUCUGUGUGCCGGAUGUUCGUGGUAGCUGAGGCCGAAGCGGGCUCCUGCCGUUUGCAUGAGUUCACCAUCUCAGGCACCACUUAUGCCCCGGAGGGUGAAGUGAGACAGGCGGAGCGGCUCGUGCGCUGUGGGCAGUUCGAUGGGCUAGUGGAGCUGGCGACGAUCUGUGCCCUGUGCAAUGACUCAGCGCUGGACUACAAUGAGGCUAAGGGCGUGUAUGAGAAGGUGGGAGAGGCCACGGAGACGGCUCUGACUUGCCUGGUGGAGAAAAUGAAUGUGUUUGACACCAACCUACGGGCCCUAUCACUGGUGGAGCGAGCCAGCGCCUGCAAUGCGGUCAUCAAGCAGCUGAUGCGGAAGGAGUUUACUUUGGAGUUCUCCCGAGACAGGAAGUCCAUGUCCGUAUACUGCAUACCUACUAGCCCUGACCUGGCAGCCCAGGGCAGCAAGAUGUUUGUGAAGGGGGCUCCUGAGAGUGUGAUUGAGCGCUGCAGCUCAGUCCGAGUGGGAAGCCACACGGUACCCCUGAAUGCCACCUCCAGGGAGCAAAUCCUGGCCAAGAUUCGGGACUGGGGCUCAGGCUCAGACACAUUGCGCUGCCUGGCGCUGGCCACUCGGGAUGCACCCCCACGGAAGGAGGAUAUGCAGCUGGACGACUGUAGCAAGUUUGUACAGUACGAGACGGACCUGACUUUUGUGGGCUGCGUGGGCAUGCUGGAUCCCCCAAGGCCUGAGGUGGCUGCUUGCAUCGCACGCUGCCACCAAGCUGGCAUCCGUGUGGUCAUGAUCACAGGGGACAACAAAGGCACAGCUGUGGCCAUCUGCCGCCGGCUUGGCAUCUUCGGGGACACAGAGGACGUCGUAGGGAAGGCCUACACAGGUCGCGAGUUCGAUGAUCUCAGCCCUGAGCAGCAGCGCCAUGCCUGUCGCACAGCAUGCUGUUUUGCCCGUGUAGAACCUGUGCACAAGUCCCGGAUCAUAGAGAACCUACAGUCCUUUAACGAGAUCACUGCCAUGACUGGAGAUGGGGUGAAUGACGCCCCAGCUCUGAAGAAAGCAGAGAUUGGUAUUGCCAUGGGCUCUGGCACAGCUGUGGCAAAGUCGGCAGCCGAGAUGGUGCUAUCAGAUGACAACUUUGCCUCCAUCGUGGCUGCAGUGGAGGAGGGCCGGGCCAUCUACAACAACAUGAAGCAAUUCAUCCGCUACCUCAUCUCCUCCAAUGUAGGCGAGGUUGUCUGCAUCUUCCUCACGGCAAUUCUGGGCCUCCCGGAAGCCCUGAUCCCUGUGCAGCUGCUCUGGGUGAACCUGGUGACAGAUGGUCUACCUGCCACAGCCCUGGGCUUCAACCCACCAGACCUGGACAUCAUGGAGAAGCUGCCAAGAAACCCUCGUGAGGCCCUCAUCAGUGGCUGGCUCUUUUUUCGAUAUCUGGCUAUUGGAGUAUACGUGGGCCUGGCCACGGUGGCUGCCGCCACCUGGUGGUUCCUUUAUGAUGCCGAGGGACCUCACGUCACCUUCUACCAACUGAGGAACUUCCUGAAGUGCUCCAAGGACAACCUGCUCUUUGCUGACAUUGACUGUGAGGUCUUCGAGUCACGCUUUCCCACAACCAUGGCCUUGUCUGUGCUGGUGACCAUUGAAAUGUGCAACGCCCUCAACAGUGUCUCAGAGAACCAGUCGCUGCUGCGGAUGCCACCCUGGCUGAACCCUUGGCUGCUGGCCGCUGUGGCCAUGUCCAUGGCCCUGCACUUCCUCAUCCUACUGGUGCCACCCCUGCCCCUUAUUUUCCAGGUGACCCCACUGAGCGGGCGCCAGUGGGUGGUCGUGCUCCAGAUAUCUCUGCCUGUCAUCCUGCUUGAUGAAGCCCUCAAGUACCUGUCCCGGAACCACAUGGAUGAAGAAAAGGACCAGAAGUGAAUUCUGGGAACAGUGGAGUCUCCGGUGUGUACCUCAGACUGAUGAUGCCCAGGCCUUCCCCUCUGCUCUCCACACUGCCAUCACGUUCAUCGCUUGCUCACCGGGCCCUGCCAAGAGUCUCUGUCCCUGCUUCCAUACACACGGGGGCUCUGUAAUUCAUGUCUUUGGGACUCUCCUGGGAAGUUCACCUAUGAAGCUCUAGCCCAGGAGCUACAGCCUGGAUGGGGGGUUGGGGGAGAUCUGCCCAGAAGCCAGAGCUGGCAGUCAGUCCAGACAUGCAGAGCCCUCUACCCCCAAAUCCAUGAGCACACUCUGGAGUAGGCACCCUCUUGCUUGGAGGCUGGUCAUUUACUUGGUGACUGGUGCCUCUACUGACUGAUGGAGGACUCCCAGAGUUCUUGCCAGCUCUGACCUCUUGCUUAGUGACUGGUCUGGGGCCUGGUCAGUAAGCGAGUGAAGUAGGGGAAACAUCUGGGCCCAGCUGUGCACAGCAAGGGCAGACAACCCCCCUUCACUCUGUUUCCACAAACAGAGGUCUCACGAGGGCUUGAGCCUCUUACUGUUUAUAUGUACAGUGGAUUAAAGGGUCAGAGAGAGGGACAUGGUGGUAGGGGAAGGGGGCUGGGCAAGGAUCCCCUUCCCAGGAGACAGCUGGCUUGUCUGCCUUGCUCUGGGUACUCCCAGACUCAGAGUUCCUGUCCUAAGCAAAUGAGAGACAUGCCAAGUCUCUCUCGGUGCUGCCCAGUCUGCCAAGCAGAGGACGGAUUUGCCCUUCAUGUCCCUGGUGCCUAAGAACCCAGACAUCCUUGGGUACCUAAUCACUGUGCCCUUUCAGCCCAGCCCUGUCCUGUGUGCACCAUCCCACAGUCUGCAUGGCUGGGUGGUUCUGAGUGCCCUAGACUCUUGGCCUCACUCUUUGCCCCCAACCCUACAUCCCCAUGUGCUGAAAGGAUGUCAAUGAGAAUGGCUAGUUACCCAAGGGCACUUCCUUUCCCUCCCUCCUUGGUGGAGGAAUGCCUGUCACAUCAUGUCAAAUGAUGGGAAAAGUGUUUGAUGGACACAAAUGUUUUCUAACUCAGCUUUUGCCCCUUUGGCAAAAAUUGGGCAAAUGGGCUCCAGGUACCGUGGCCUCUUCUUCUCCUCCCUCCCCUGUGCCCUCCAAGUCUCCAGAGAGGCCAUAAGAGAUGCAGGGUUGGGCAAGGCUCCCCUGGGAACCAGCCCACAGAGAUUCUCUGUUUCUUUCCUGCUGGAGGGAAGGCAGUCUUUGAAGUGGGGGAGGAUGGCAGGGCUCUGUACCCAUCUGUUGACAUGCAGCCAGUAGAGAAAUAAAGGUUGAGUGCCUGGGGCAACAGAGGACCGUCACCUUCUGUUUUCCUAGAGAGUGGUUCCACCAUC